CUCCCGCCGCUGCAACCCCCGCAGGGCCAAAACCCUCAUCAACAGGUCAUGAGCCUCCUCGAGAAGCCGGAGAUGGACAAGAAGGUUAAGAGACACAGCAUACACGGGAUGAUGGAGGAGCAGAAUGGGGUAAGACCACACCAGGAGAUGGCGAGUCUCUCCUUGGACGAGAAAAAGUACUUGCUAGCUGUGGAGCGAGGAGACGUGGCAUCGGUGAGAAGGAUGUUGCAGAGGGCUCAGGAGACCGAGUACAUAAACAUCAAUUGCGUGGAUCCGCUGGGCAGAUCGGCGCUUCUGAUGGCCAUCGACAACGAGAACCUCGACAUGGUCGAGCUGCUGAUCGAGUACAAGGUAGACACGAAGGAUGCACUUUUGCACGCCAUUUCCGAGGAGUUCGUCGAAGCCGUGGAGGUUCUUCUGCAACACGAAGAGACCAUCCACAAGAAUGACGAGCCCCACGUAAGCAGCUCAGUGUCGUCCGCUUGCCGCCUGCCUAGUUGGGAAGCCUUGCCACCGGAUACGGCCACCUUCACGCCGGAUAUUACACCAUUGAUCCUGUCUGCUCACCGUGAUAAUUACGAGAUCAUCAAGAUCCUUUUGGACCGAGGAUCAACCUUGCCAAUGCCACAUGACGUUCGUUGCGGCUGCGACGAGUGCGUGACGUCCAGGAUGGAGGAUUCCCUGAGGCACUCCAGGAGCAGGAUAAACGCUUAUAGGGCGCUGGCAUCUCCGUCUUUGAUAGCCCUGUCAUCCAAGGACCCCAUCUUGACAGCCUUCGAGCUUUCCUGGGAACUUCGCAGACUUUCCUUUCUCGAGCACGAAUUUAAGUGCGAGUACCAGGAGCUCAGGAGGCAGUGCCAGGACUUCGCCACGGCCUUGCUGGACCACACGAGGAGUUCCUAUGAACUGGAAGUCCUGCUGAACCAUGAUCCCACGGGACCCGCCUUCGAGCAUGGGGAGAGGAUGCAUCUAAAUCGCCUGAAACUCGCGAUCAAGCUUCGGCAAAAAAAGUUCGUGGCCCACCCGAAUGUGCAGCAAUUGCUGGCCUCGAUCUGGUACGAAGGCCUUCCUGGGUUUCGCCGGAAAAACAUGUUCCUCCAGGCCCUGGACAUCGUCAGGAUCGGGAUUCUCUUCCCCUUCUUCAGCGUGGCCUACGUCAUCGCUCCACACAGCGUCGUCGGGCAAACCAUGAGGAAGCCCUUCAUCAAGUUCAUUUGCCACUCGGCCUCGUACUUCACGUUCCUCUUCAUGCUGAUCCUGGCCAGCCAGAGGAUAGAGAGCGUCAUCGGAAAUUGGAUGGGACACGACAUUCCGCAACAUGAGCCAGCCCCGACAAAAAGAGGAGCAGCUCCGACGAUAGUGGAGUGGUUCAUCCUAGCCUGGGUAUCCGGCCUGAUUUGGUCGGAGGUGAAGCAACUGUGGGACGUGGGCCUUGAGGAAUACGUGAACGACAUGUGGAACGUGAUCGACUUCGUGACGAACUCGUUGUACGUGGCCACGGUGGCCCUGAGAGUGGUCGCCUAUUACAGGGUUCAGAAGGAGAACGAGGGCCAGGAGCCUGGAUCGGUGGUCGAGCUCCAGAGGGAACAGUGGGACACCUGGGACCCGAUGCUGAUAUCCGAAGGCCUCUUCUCCGCCGCUAACAUCUUCAGCUCCCUUAAGCUGGUCUACAUCUUCUCGGUAAACCCUCAUCUGGGUCCUCUUCAAGUGUCUCUCUCCAGGAUGGUGAUGGACAUCAUGAAGUUCUUCUUCCUCUACGUUCUGGUGCUCUUCGCCUUCUCUUGCGGCCUCAACCAGCUUCUUUGGUACUACGCCGACAUGGAGAAGAAGAGAUGUCCGACUGCGAUGCCUUAUCCACCCAGUGCCAACGUCACGACCGACUCCAAUGCCUGCAUUGUCUGGCGUCGUUUUGCCAACCUCUUCGAGACGACGCAAACACUAUUCUGGGCUGUCUUCGGAUUGGUCGACCUGGAGAGCUUCGAGCUGGACGGCAUUAAGGUCUUCACCAGGUUCUGGGGGAUGCUGAUGUUUGGCACGUACUCCGUCAUCAACAUCGUCGUCCUGCUGAACUUGCUGAUAGCCAUGAUGAAUCAUUCCUAUCAGCUGAUAUCGGAACGCGCUGACAUCGAGUGGAAGUUCGCAAGGAGUAAACUGUGGAUCAGCUACUUCGAGGAGGGCGGCACGGUGCCGCCACCCUUCAAUAUCAUCCCAACCCCGAAGAGUGCCUGGUACGUGGGCCAGUGGUUGUACCGGAAACUCUGCGGCCACAGCAGAGCUGCCAAGACGGAACACAUGAAGACUAUCAGGCGCAAGGUUAAGCAAGCCUCGGAGAGGGACUUCCGGUACCAAAGUAUCAUGAGGAACCUGGUGAGAAGGUACGUCACGGUGGAGCAGAGGAAGACCGAGGGCGAGGGUGUCACCGAGGAUGACGUCAACGAGAUCAAACAGGACAUCAGCGCCUUCAGAUGCGAGUUGAUCGAGAUCCUGAAGAACUCUGGCAUGAACACCUCCACCGCUUCCGGGGCGGGGACUGGCGGUACCCUUAAAGAGCUGUCCGUAGGUGCGGGAGGCAAGAAGAACCGCCAGAAGGAACGCCGAUUGAUGAAGGGGUUCAACAUCGCUCCCCAACCCGGAGGAAGCGGCACGUUGCCCCCGGUUGCGGAGUUCAUAGCGACUCUUCAACAAGUCAACCAAGAGCACCCACACGACCUGUUCGGCAGCACACUGAGCGGCAUCUUUGGUCCCAGUGCCCCUCCAAAGAAGAGUCCUCAUCACACCAGCACCAACAGCGUACCUGGCCUGGGAACUGGAUCCAGGCAAAUUCGCAGCACCAGAUGCAGCUCCAGAAAGAGGCGCUGGGGAACGUUGAUCGAGGCGGCCAAGGCUGGCAGGGUAUCCAGACUAAUCGGGAGGUCCCGGUCCGAGGACUCGGUGUACUCUCCAGCAUCGGAGGAUGGUGGGUCCAGGUCGGAGGGCUCAUCGGACUCGAAGUCUUCCCUGGAAACGGCGCCCCAUGAGCCCCAUCCUCACCAUCCCCACCAUCCUCAUCAGCCCUACCACGUCCACCAUCACGAGGUUCACAACGUGUUCACCCAUGGCUUGGGGCCAGCUUUGGCUGCCCUGACGAAGAAGCGCAAGAAGUUCUCCGCCUCCAGGUCCUCGACGCCGGUUAUGUCCAGCCAUGUGAACCCGGUCGAGUCCGUCAGCAACCCUGUCGCCGUCACUCUGUCCUCGAAGGUCUGCAGGAAGCAGCUGCAGCGUGCCAGUAGCGUGCCUGCUAGAGGUCCUGACCUUGCACUUGCACCUGUCUUGCCAAGGAGGCACGAGGUCACUCAGAGUCAGCAACCUAGUAUGGACACUGAAGUCGCCAGUGUCAGCGAGCAUCAAGGUGUAGUGGUCAGUGCAGCACCGCUGACCCCGUCCACAACCGAGGAGAGCGUCGUAGCUUCUGGAACGCUUUCGAUGACCAUGAAGAGGAACGGCUCGGCGACCCAACUUCAGCGUCUCUCGGGCAUCGAACCGAUCUCCGGGCACGACGUGUCCUCCGGUUGGCUCUGA